AUGGAUCAGAUGGAACUAGAGAACCGAGAGCUCAAGGACGAAGUUUCUAAACUCACCACUCUGAUGGAGUCAUUCAUUGCUGCUCAAAACCAACCAGCUCCAACUUAUACAAAUCCUCAAAGGACAGUCAUCUCUGAGAUUAUUGUAACACCAGUACCUGGGUUUCCUACCAUCCAACCUGCACAAGCUAUGCAUUCCAGAUUCAUGUGGGGAAUUCCUACAAAUUUCGUGCCUGAAGGUUAUGCUCCGACUGCUACUCUUAUGCUGACGUCUAACCCAAUCAUGUCUUCUCCUCCCCCCAUUAUGAAUGCUUUUCCCCGUGUUGAAGAAACCAUUUAUCAUUUUGAUCCAUAUGAGGGCCCUAAUGUGUACGAGAAAAUUGAUGAAAUAAAAGGCCAGUUUCAAGAGCUGAGAAAAGAAUUGAAGACCCUUAGAGGUAAAGAUUUGUUUGGGAAAAGUGUUGUUGAACUUUGCUUGGUGCCAAAGGUAAAAAUCCCUAUCAAAUUAAAAGUCCCUUACUUUGAGAAGUAUAAAGGGAAUACUUGUCCUUUGAUUCAUCUUGUGAUGUACGUACGUAAGAUGUCGACCCAAACAGAUAAUGAUCAGUUUCUUAUCCAUUAUUUUCAAGACAGCUUGACCGGUGCCGCACUUCAGUGGUAUAUGGGUUUAGACACAGCUAGUGUUUGUACUUUCAACGACUUAGGUGAGGCCUUUGCCAAGAAAUACAAAUACAACGUAGAUAUGUCUCCCGAUCGUGAUCAGUUGAGGUCCAUGUCUCAAAAGGAUAAGUAG